AUGGCGGGGUCCGGCUGUGCGUGGGGCGCCGAGCCGCCGCGCUUCCUGGAGGCCUUCGGGCGGCUGUGGCAGGUCCAGAGCCGUCUGGGCAGCGGCUCGUCGGCCUCCGUGUAUCGGGUGCGCUGCUGCGGCACCCCGGGCUCGCCCCCCGGAGCCCUCAAGCAGUUCCUGCCUCCCGGAACCACCGGGGCCGCCGCCUCGGCCGCCGAGUAUGGCUUCCGCAAAGAGAGGGCGGCGUUGGAGCAGUUGCAGGGUCACAGGAACAUCGUGACUUUAUAUGGAGUCUUUACAAUCCACUUUUCUCCCAAUGUGCCAUCACGCUGUCUGUUGCUUGAACUCCUGGAUGUUAGUGUUUCGGAAUUGCUUCUGUAUUCCAGUCACCAGGGUUGUUCCAUGUGGAUGAUACAGCAUUGUGCCAGAGAUGUUCUGGAGGCCCUUGCUUUCCUUCAUCAUGAGGGCUAUGUGCAUGCAGACCUCAAACCACGGAACAUAUUGUGGAGUGCAGAGAAUGAAUGUUUCAAACUCAUUGACUUUGGACUUAGUUUCAAAGAAGGCAAUCAGGAUGUAAAGUAUAUUCAGACAGACGGGUAUCGGGCUCCAGAAGCAGAACUGCAGAAUUGCUUGGCCCAAGCUGGCCUGCAGAGUGAUACAGAAUGCACCUCAGCUGUUGAUCUGUGGAGCCUUGGAAUCAUUUUACUGGAAAUGUUCUCAGGAAUGAAACUGAAACAUACAAUCAGAUCUCAGGAAUGGAAGGCAAACAGUUCUGCUAUUAUAGAUCAUAUAUUUGCCAGUAAAGCCGUGGUGAAUGCCGCAAUUCCAGCCUAUCACCUAAGAGACCUUAUCAAAAGCAUGCUUCAUGACGACCCAAGCAGAAGGAUUCCCGCAGAAAUGGCAUUGUGCAGCCCGUUCUUCAGCAUUCCCUUUGCCCCUCACAUUGAAGAUCUGGUGAUGCUUCCCACUCCAGUGCUAAGACUCCUGAACGUGCUGGAUGAUGAUUAUCUUGAGAAUGAAGAAGAAUAUGAAGAUGUUGUAGAAGAUGUAAAAGAGGAGUGUCAGAAAUACGGACCAGUAGUAUCUCUACUUGUUCCAAAGGAAAAUCCUGGCCGAGGACAAGUCUUUGUUGAGUAUGCAAAUGCUGGUGAUUCCAAAGCUGCUCAAAAAUUGCUGACUGGAAGGAUGUUUGAUGGAAAGUUUGUUGUGGCUACAUUCUACCCGCUGAGUGCCUACAAGAGGGGAUACCUGUACCAAACCUUGCUUUAAUCAGUAACCUAAGAACUGUUUCUUGUUUCUCCUCUUCCAUUUCCUGGAUUAAUAUAUUCCAUGCUGAAUGCGCAAGCACCUCUUUACCCAUUUAAAGGGGUGCAUUGUACAUUUAUUUAAUCCUACUAAUGUGCAGCCAUUGCCCAAACAGUGACUGCCUUGCAAACAUUGGCACUGAGUAGGACAGCCUCUCAGCUAUACAUUGAAGAGUUUAGAGCAUCCUUGUGCUCACCCAUUUUUGUGCAGUAGGACAGGUGCUGCUCUUUAGUAUGUAACCUAACAAGAUAGUAGUUAUUUCAUGAUCCUGAAGCAAGGAUGAAUAAUACAUCAUAGUGAAUAUUAACAAGUUUGUGAGGGUUGGUGAUCUCCCUUUCAGAAAAUUCCUUUAUCUCGUCAGGUGGCUGUUACUGUUGAUAUCCAUAGCUGGCACUGGAUGCUCUCAGUAAUGUUAAGUCGUCAAACAGCAGUUACCUACCAUGUUCUUAACACUGACUUGUGAAUUUUUUUAAAGGAGUACUGUAGUACUGAAUAUUCCUUUAAAGAAACUGCAGUGAGCCUAUCAACAUGUUUUUAUUAUUAUUAAGGCUUUUUAAAUAGAAAGCUGAUGCUUGAUCUUGCACAAUUUUUAUGUCUUAUGUGUAUGCUUGAGCGAGUGUGCAGAUGUGAAAGAUUAGAAAACCUUGAGUCUGUGUACUUUAUAGUGUGAAUCUUGUGAGAAGAUACCGUCUGUAUCCAUUUUUUUCCCUACCUGUUUCACACCUGUUAAGAUUUAGGAUAUAGGUGUUUUGGGAGUUGAUCUGACUGAUAGAAUGUAAAUGACAAAGCAGUUCAUUCCUGAGACACUCACAACAGCUAGGGCCUAUUGAAACUCUCAAGUAAUUGCAACAAAGAAAAAGUUGUGGUACAUGUAAAUUACCCCAUUCUUCUGUCUACUUUAAAUCCUAGGAUGGUCUCAUCUGUUUUAUACUGAAUCUCCUAUGAUAAUUGUAAGAUUUCUCAAGAUGUGAUUCUACCUACCAUGAUGGAAAAUUGAAGUAGAUCAGGAAAAAAAAAAAAAAAAAAAAGAUGUACAGUGAAGGGAAAAGAAAAAAGGCAAAGAAGGUAGAUAAUCAAAGGAUCCUUUUUCUUCUUUCUGUGUCUUACCUGCCUCUGCUACCCUUAUUCUGCCUUUCCCUUGUUCUCCACUCUGUCUAGCUGAAGAGAAGCUAGAAGAACAGCAUUCCAAGUAGCCUGGUUUUUGACUGUAAGAAAGCAGAGGAAAGCUUAGAUGUAAUAAGGUGGAAAUAGGAAAGAAAGAAAGACUCAAUUUUUAAAAGGACUCAGCAGUUGAAUGUGUCCCUGAGUAAAGAAUGCCAGGAUGCAUGAGUUUGUAGACACUGAUGGACUGAGCUCUUAAGGAUUGUAAGCAUGGAUUCUUCUCACUUUGUAGUAGAUAACCUUUAUAGGAAACCUUUAUAAAGCAUUGAUAAAAAAAAAGACAAAUUGUAUACAAGUUCUAAAUUUUUUCUUAUUUGUUUACCUAAAUGAAAUUUUUAUUUAUUUAUUUUUUUUCCUAAGGAAAAAGGUUUUUGUAUCUUUCCCUGCUGGAAGUCUCCUUAUAUAGUUUUCUAUUGUCUGUGCCAUAUGUGUUACUGUAAGCCCAGUUAGAAUUUGCAUGUUAGAGGAUUCCCUGUUCAAGCACCCAUUGACAUUGGUUAUUAUAAUCCAGUUCUCUUGGAUUUCCCCUUGGUAUUUAUUUAUGCAGCCAGAUUUGACAUUGGGAGACUACUGACUGAUGAGCUACCAAAGGGUCUUGUGGCAUGGUACCCAGUCCAUGCUCUUAGAACUUGUUUUUAAUUUGACCCUUUCUGGGCUUAAUAGGUUGGUUGAUUUUGAAAUCACGUUGGAAGAGAGUUGAACCAGGACUGUGAAGUCCUAAGCUUCCUAAAGCAUAAAUAUUUAUAUGGGUAGCCACUUCUGUGGUCAUUAGAAACAGGCUAUUAUGUACCUGCUGGUAAACACAAUACAAAUAAAUUCUUUUAUGGACAAAUAUUCUAGGUUAGAACAUGUUCAUCUGCCCCCUCUGUAAAAAAAACUAAGUGAUAGAGAAAUCCUGGCAAGUGAGCUGCACAUGGCUUCUCAUCUAGGUUGUGUGGUAUGCUGCUACCGUUGACACCAUGCUUCCUGGCAUGUGACUGUCUUACUGCAGAUGUAUUCAUGCGUAGAUGCAGGGUUUAACAUGUAGACGUUCAUUACAGAGAUGCUAAUGAGAUUUCAAGGGAGCUGAGGGAAUAGUUGAUGAACCUAAGUAACCAUGUAUUGAAUUAAAUACUUUGUAUUAAAGCUACAGAAUUGGAAAAAGAUGACUGCUAUGAUUUAAAUCGUCUUACAGCUCUUAGCCCCUGCUACCAAAGAUGACAUUUUCAGAUUCUCUCUCCUUCCUCUGAUACUAUCACAAGUUCAAAUGGCCUUCUUAAACUCAAGCCAGUUAUUACAAAAGAAGUAAUUUCCAUGAUUCCUUGAAGGUGUAAUGUGUACAGAGGAAUUUUGAUUCUUUGAAGUUUAUUAAAAACUUAGAGCUUUCCUUAAUGAGAGGCAGGAUAAAGAGUUGAGAGUUCCUGUCACUUAGCCCCUAUCAUUCCUUGGGGCAGAUUUUAUCUCAGGUAGUUUUUCUUUCCCUAACUUAAAACUGUGCUUCCUUCCUUCCCAUCUUCCCAAUUUCUUCUUUAUUCUUCCCUGGUAUUGCUGGGGUACAUUUUGCCCCAGAAAAGGCACAUGAAAAGAUUGUUCUCUAGGAGAUGUUGGGUUCUUCAGAAACCUUGGAGGUGACUGGGAUGCCACUGUCAAAACUGCCAUGUGGUGUUUAUAGAGAACGACAUGUACAGCUGGACGAAUCAGUGAGAGCACCAGCUGCAUUUUAAAGGAUUUUUAAAACUGGCCCCUCAGCAAAAGGAGUCUGCAUUUAUUCCCACUGAAAAAUCUUUGUUUUGCAGCCAUCAACAUAGCAACUUUUGUUAAAACAAUGUUCUUUCUGCUGUACCUUGAGCCAAAAUUAUAGCUGCUGUUAGAAUACAAAUCAUUAAUGUAAUUUUACUCAUCUAUCUAAUACAGUCUUACCUCUUUCUUUGUUUUAAUUGAGAGAAGUUGGCCUUGUCUUUGUUCCAGCUGCUAGAGUGCAGAGAUGUUUUCCUGCCAGCAACAGUGCUGCCACAUAGAGAAAGAAGAAGGAAAAAGGAAAACUGCCCAUAAGACUUACAUGUCUGGACUUACCUCACUCUCCACUACAUCAGUGGAGGAGUAAAGUAAGGCACUUAGAGCCCUCCUCACAUGCUAUGUCAUGGCCUGUUGACUUUGGUGAUCAAAUGCAGGAGACUGACAUUUUGGCCUCAUUUUCGUAGUUCUUUCUUUCUGAGUUAGCAAAGUGGGCCCACUUCAUGCAAUUUUUACUAUUGGCAAUGUGGUUUUUUCAUUUUUAAUAAUGAAAAUCAGCACCAUAGUACCUGGUAGUCAUUGAAAUAACCUGGUUCCUGGGUGAGGGAGUCAGGGAGAUCUUAGUAGCCACAUGUGUACCCAGGCUUCCAUGCAAGGGUACAUGCUAGGUGGCUUUAUUCAGAUAGGGUCCAGAUUGAAUCACAUCGUGACUUUCGGUCUGGUGGGUGUGGAGAUUGCUCAAGUUUGGAGAAGUGCCUUGAUUUUCCUGGAAAUAAGAAAACUCACUUGGGUGAAAGUUCCCCACAUGAUUAUUGCACUCUUUCUUGGAAUAAUUUGGAUUGAGUCACAUCAUAGUAAGGUCCAACCUUUCCUUAGUUUACUUUGUUUGAAAAAUAUGUAAAACUAUUGGACCUUAUUACAAUACUACAUAUGAUGGAAGCCAGUUAUCUGGCAAGUCUAGUUCUUGGAUCUCAUUCCAUUUUUAAUAUUAAAUUAUUUCCUCAAUUUUAUUUAAAUUUGAUCUCUCUGUAAUUAAAAAUUUCUUGUCAAGUAUGAUCACAUUCAGACUAGUCCUUGGCCACAGUAGCUCAAAAGAAUGCAUGCUUCUUCUUAAGGUGCUCAGUAAUUCUCCUUCAUUUGAAAUGGUAGUGUGUCAGGUUAUUAUCAAUACAUAGACCAACGUUGAGUCUCCCAUCAUGUGGCACUCGCUUGAUUAUCCUGUGGUUUGUUUAGAUUGUGUAUGUAAUCAUGGAGACACGUGGAUAUUUUAUUUUUGAGAGUACCUAGAACUUGAAGGAUUUGAUCUUGUUAACUUUCUUUAUUACCUAGCACCACAGGAUAUGUUCUGCUUUUUGUUCUAGCUUCUUCCCCGAAUGCUUCUCUGUGUUUUAAAUUGUGUCAUGAACAGUAGCUUCAUACAGUGGUAUGCCAGUGACAGGUACUAUGGCUAUUUAGGAAGGCAAACAAUUUACACUAGUUUUACUAUACUUUUAUAGGAGAAAUGACUGUCAAAGUAAUAUUAUAAAACAGGGCAUUUGAAGGAAGGAAGAGUGUGUGUGUGUGUGUGUGUGUGUGUGUGUGUGUGUGUGUUAGAGACGGGGUUUUGCUCUGUAGCCUACACUUGCCUUGACCUCACAAUCCUGCUUUAGCCUCCCAAGUGUUGGGAUUAUAGGUGUGCACCACCAUGCCUAGCUCUUUUAGGAAAUUAUAUAUUUUAUAGAUGGUCAUUAAGGUGACUUUUAAGGAUAUAAGACAGAAACUUUGUUCUCCUGGUAAAGUCUAUUCAUGUUUCUGUAUCUGGGCACUUUGUUGUUCUUGUGAGGAUCAUUGCUUUACUUAUGCCUUGCAGGGAGCUGCCAUGGUCAUGGUGGUUGUAUUUCUUGACCCCAUUUGAUAUGCUAGAAUUCAUGGAAAACUUACCAGUUUCUUCAGUAUUGUUGCCCAUUCAAAUAAGUAGCUGCCACAAUAACCUGAAAAAACAUUGGUGGCUCUUUUGAAGGCCGGACAUGUUUUAUGACCUGAGUUCAUCAUGUCUAAUUUAAAAGCAAGGGAAGCAUUCUUCUGGCCUCACCUGGACCCUAAUCUUUGUUGCGCAGGAGAGGACUGGUUCUUUCCUGUUGUUUAUGGAAUGAAAAUGGGUUGCGUUCUGGGAAAAGCUCUGGAAUUGCUUGUACUUUUCAUUUGAUACCUUUGUUUCCUUUGGGAAACCCAUAUGUAAAAAUCAGAGCUACUGCUACAUGAACUGUUCAUUAGCAGUGAGAAUUAUUUCCCAUCUCUUUUCUUAAGUUCUAUGUUGGAAUUGCUUUCCUCUUCUCUGCUUUUCCCCUUAAUAGUAUUUAUUAUCCCAGGACAGUUUGUAAAAGCAGAUAGAGAGAGGUAUUUCAAACCCAUUCAUGCGUUAACUCACAACCUCUUCAGCUGUUUGAAUUAUCUAGAACUGUAUUAUCAUAUUAAGGUGUGUUGUCCAAAGACUCAAAAUUAAGGAGGAGAAAGUUUAAUGCAAGAAUAAAGAGGAGAGGGAAGAAAAUAGUUCCCUCACUGGUCUUAGUAAUCUUCCAUGUAGUUCAUACUUUAGAAAUAAUAUUUAUUUUUAAAAACCCAGACUUUGUAUCUGUAACAUAGACCUACUACCUUUCCUACACAUUCCUCAUUCUUGUUUCCCCAGAAAGCUGUUGUUAAGAGUUUAUGAAACCAGAUUAAAUAUUCAUAUAAAGUUUGUCCUAAUUUUGACAAGUAUUUGAAUUCCAGCUUUUGUAUAUUUGAUGUCCUGUACCAUUCAUUCAUCCACACCAAGCAUCAGAAAGGUUGGGAUCAGCCAUCUUUGUUUCCCUUUGCACAUGGGUGUGGUGGGUGGCACCAGUGUUCUAGCACCGUAUGGAACUAAGUGGUGUUUAUUUACUGUAGGUAAGGACAGGUAAGCUACAUGUGUGUAGAUUGCCUAGCAGAGGAGAACACUGUCAGAGUUCUUUCCAGAAGGAUUUACUCAUUCAUUCUUAAUUUUUUUAAUAUUAGAUAAUUUCACAUUCCUUGGAAUUUUCUAAAUAGUGUCAAAUCUGGGGUAGAAGGCAUUUUUAUCUUUUCCUACAAAGGGCUCCAUCUUUGUUGUUUCCCAUGACUUAGAAAUCCAGUUUUGAUCAAUUCAGUGAACCUUUUGUAUCUUGAGACUGUCAGCACUGGAGUGGUUUUUAAGAAUAUGAAAACUACCCUUGGGAACAUGGCAUAGCUGUUUUUGAAAUAGAAGGUCUGGUGAAAAUUGUGAAAGAUCACUUAAACCAAAGCCAGUUUCAAGGAGUUUUGUCUCCUGUGAUUUACCUUCACCUCAGAACUACAAGAAUACAGUAUACAGUCAGUAGUUGUAACAUUUCUACAGGUUGUGUAAGUAGUCUAUUGGUCUUGGCAUUUCUUGGCACUAUGGUUCUCUUGUUUUGUUUUUUUUUUGGUGUGUGAGUGUGUGUGUGUGUGUGUGUGUGUGUGUGUGUGGUCUUGUGAGGUUUUUUUUUAAUAACUUAAGUGGGAUUAUAAGUGUAGAUAGAUGUGUACAAGUACUAAGAGGUUCUUUUCUCAAAUACAUGAAUUUCUGAUUUUCAUUUAAGUCUUUCAAACUUGCAUUUUCUUGCUGAGUAGCAAAGGACUUUUACUUUACACUUUCCUAUGUACCUAAAAUGUAUGAACACUGCGUUUCAAUGGACUGUAUUGCGUACUUUUUGCUGAAAACUUUUUCCGUAAACACAAUUGCCUUGUUCAGUUUUGUUGUAAACUGACUUCCUAUAAGAUGCACUGUUGAUAUGCUUUCUGAUGUGUGUUGGAUAAGAGUGAUAAAAUAAAGCUUAAAAAUAAUAGAAUUGCA